UAAUGAUUGCGCGCGGGAAUGCGCGGGGGCUGAAGUGAAUCUUGGAGAGAGAAUUGAGUCCAGGCGUAUGUUGAUUACUUUCGUUCUUUCUUUCACUAUGCAUGAGCUUUAUUAGUUGGUACUUUUGUCCACAUCUUUGGUUUUGCGGUCGGUCUUUUGUAGUUCACACAUGACAAACUUCACGUCACUUCACUUCAUUUUCCAGACUUAUGAGCCGGCAUGUAGUGAGGCGCUUUAACCCCCCUCCUCUCGCUUCCCCUCCCAGACACACACACACACACGCACGCACACACACACUGUGCAGCUCGGCUAGUCACAGCGCGCAGAGCCGUACCUCAUAUUUGGAUUUUCGCUUAACGCGAGGAUACAGCUGCGAAUUUGACAGACGGCUGGGAUUGCCGUCACUCGCCGAUAACUCUCGCGCUCUUCCCUCCAGGUCCCCGCGCUCAGCUGAGGGGGCUUGCCUGACCGAGAGCGUUAAAGGGUUGCCAUGGAGCCCACGUACUCCCUGACGGCGCACUAUGACGAGUUCCAGGAAGUGAAGCACGGCGGUCGCUAUAGCAGCGGAACCCUUAGCAACGGCCUGGCGCUGCAGCUGGGCGGGUCCCUGGAGAGAGGGGGCGGGGCAGCCCGGGCCCAUGGGAGGGGCCAGAAGGUGGUGGGCGUGUCGGGUGGGUGGAGCCGGCGGGAGAUGUGCUUGCUGUCUGCGCUGGUGUUUGCUGCUGGUGUGUGUGUCAUCCUGGCGUGCAUGCUCACGCUCAAGUUCAUCUCCACGGAAACCAGCACUGAUGCUGGCUGCCGUAGCGACUGCGUGAGGAGGCGGAGCCUGUUGCGGGCCGCGCGCUUCGUCCAAUCAAAUAUCGAUGCCAGUGUCCCGCCCUGUCAGGACUUCUACAGCUUCGCGUGCGGAGGGUGGCUCCGUCGUCAUGGGAUACCGGAGGACAAACUCAGCUACGGCAUCAUCAGCGCCAUCGGAGAGCAGAAUACUCUUAAGCUCCAGAAACUCCUGAUGCAACCCAUCCGACGCACACACACACACAGCGCCGAGAGGAAGGUAAGGCCUUUUUAUCGCUCCUGCAUCAACAUCCAUGAUAUUGACCGUCUGGGGGCGGGGCCUAUGCUGGAGGUGAUUGACAGCUGUGGUGGGUGGGACCUGCCUCGGCCCCUCCCCCGGGGGGCAGGGUGGGAGCGGGUGUCGGGUGCGGCAUGGCCCGACUUUAACGAGAUGCUCUUUAGGACCCAGGGCCUCUACAGCACCUCUGUCUUCUUCUCCCUCACCGUCAACGUGGACGACAAGAACUCCUCACGCAACGCCAUCCGGAUUGACCAAGAGGGGUUAACAUUGCCUGAAAGGACUCUAUACCUGGGACAGGAUGAGGAUAGUGUGAAGAUCCUGGCUGCGUAUAAGGCCCUGAUGGAGCGGUUGCUGAGCAUGCUGGGAGCGCAGAACGCCACGCAGAAAUCACGCGAGAUCAUCCAGCUAGAGACACGUCUCGCCAACAUUACACUGUCAGACUUUGAUGACCAGAGGAAGGAUAUUAGCAGCAUGUACAACCGUAUCACGCUUGACCAACUACAGUCCAUGGCACCUGGUUUGCACUGGAAGAAGUUGCUGGAGCGCAUCUUCCAGGAGAGUUUCUCAGAGGAUGAGGAGAUUGUGGUGCUGGCCACAGACUACCUGCAGAAGGUCUCAGACAUCAUCAAAACCACUUCCAAAAGGGUGCUCCAUAACUACAUGCUGUGGCGGGUGGUCGCUGCGCUGAGCGAGCACCUCUCUACGGCUUUCCGGAGCAGCAUCCACGAGUUCUCGCGGGAGAUCGACGGCACGGAGCGCCAGAUGGAGCUGGGACGCCUCUGCCUCUCGCAGGCCAACAAGCACUUCGGCAUGGCGCUCGGAGCCCUCUUUGUCCAGGAGCACUUCCCCACGCACAGCAAGGCCAAGGUCCAGGAGCUGGUAGAAGAUAUCAAACAUGCUUUGGACAUCAGACUACAGGAGCUAGACUGGAUGGAUGAACCCACAAGAGAAGCUGCCAGAGCCAAGUUGCAGAACAUGAUGGUGAUGACUGGGUAUCCAGACUAUCUGCUCAAACCAGAACUGAUAGAUCGGGAGUAUGGGUUUGAAGUGAAUGAGAAGACCUACUUUCGGAACAUUCUGAACAGCAUCAAGUACAAUAUUGAUCUCUCAAUCAAGAAAAUACACAAGGAGGUGGACAAGACUGCCUGGCUUCUUCCACCCCAAGCACUGAAUGCAUAUUAUCUACCUAACAAGAAUCAGAUGGUCUUUCCUGCAGGUAUACUCCAGCCUACUCUCUAUGACCCUGAAUUCCCACAGUCCCUGAACUUUGGAGGCAUUGGAUCCAUCAUUGGACAUGAACUCACACAUGGAUACGAUGACUGGGGGGGCCAGUAUGAUCGCUAUGGCAACCUCAAGCAGUGGUGGACAGAGGCGUCGUACAGAAAGUUCCAAAAGAAGGCAGAGUGCAUCAUCAAACUCUACGAUAACUUUACCGUCUACAACCAGAGAGUCAAUGGGCGUCUAACUCUGGGAGAGAACAUUGCUGAUCUGGGUGGACUGAAGCUGUCCUACUAUGCCUAUCAGAAGUGGGUGAGAGAUCAUGGUCCAGAGAGGCCCCUACCUGGUCUCAAGUACACACACCAACAACUGCUCUUCAUCGCCUUUGCUCAGAACUGGUGCAUGAAGCGGCGAUCCCAGUCCACAUACCUGCAGCUCCUCACAGACAAGCACGCACCUGAACACUGCAGGGUGAUUGGUAGUGUGUCUCAGUUUGAGGAGUUUGGCCGAGUGUUCCACUGCCCUCGGGAGUCUCCCAUGCACCCUGUGGCCAAGUGCUCCGUGUGGUGACCCCAGGACCCGCCCACCUCUGACCUUUCAUCCCCAGCGCUCCACUCUGUCGCCAUGGACACCAAUCAUCAGGGCAGCAAGAAGAAACACUGAUGGACCCACACACACACACACACACAUUACACACACACACCACACACACACACUACACACCAUAUGCACAUGCACACACACACACACACACACUACACAUCACAUGCACACACACACACACACAAGAAUACUGAGAUGGGAUUUGAUGUUGAGACUGAAGGAAAAAUCAGAUCAUAUUCCCACUAUACACACUACACACACACACACACACACACACACACACACACACUGCACACACACACACUGCACA